UGUGAGUUUCCUCAGGAGAAUAGACAGAAGCAGCUUCACUUCACAUUCCCAAAGCAUGCUGGGAGCUCACCGUGCAUUGUGGGAAGGAGGCAGAAUGGGUCACAGUGCUGAGUAACAUCCAGGAGUCGUUCUGUGGAGAAAAUGUUCAGAGUUGGCAGAUAGUGGUCGUUAGAUAAAUAGCAACAGGGAUAAAGUACAUUUUUGGUACUUCCAAGGCAGAAAGGCACCCUACAAUAGACUCUAAUUAGAAGCACUCGGCAGAGCUCGGGGAGUAAUGUGCUGCUAUUGAUACUGCAGUUUAGUGAGGGAUUGGGGUGAAUAAAUGCUGCGGUCACUGUUCCCUUAAGGGCUGAGGACAGGAGGAGGGGCUACAGCUGAGGGGGACGGCCCAGGGACAAGUAAGGGAACAAGAUGGAGCAACACUGGGAGGUUCUUUAGAUAUUGUCCCAAGAGUGAACCCCGAGAAUGAAGGGCCGCCUGACCCCAAUAAAGAGUGGGAUGGAUUCAGUUUCUGUAGUUGGUUUGCCAAAGCCAGAAGCAGAUGUAAUACAGAUAAAGAUAAAGGAAGAAGAUCUGGACUCUGGAGAUCAUCUCAUCCCAUUGGGAAGCUCAGUUGUGCCACUUACUGAUGGGGGACAUGGCUCUCCGUAUGCACAGUGGCGUAACUACUGUGGGGGCAGACCAUGUGACUGUAUCUGGGCUGGUGGCCCCUUCGGCCCUGAUGGAGGAGGGGCCGAGUCAACAGCAAAUGGUUCAAUAGGCUCUGCAGAUAAAGUGAAAUCAGAGAAUGAAGAGUUGGACACUGAGGAUCAUUUGAUUCUGAUAAAUAGAGGAAUGAAUAUCAUUCCUGGUGCCGGGAAAAAGAUGGCAGGCAUUGGCAUCCUAUCAGAUUUAGGACAGAGAUACUUUAUCAAAUAUCUGCUGAGCCACCGCUAUGAUUCCAUGCCCCUGUGGACGGUAGGCAGGCGACAGAAGAAACAACAUAUCAUGCAAAGACUUGGGAGGAGGGUGAGCCGGAAAUUCGGCAUUCACCUCAAUCUGCGUCAGAUCCAGAGGAUCUGGUCCGAUCUCAAGAGAAGGUGCCCAGGACUUGUGCUUGAGAUUAACCAGGAACUGGAAGGCUGUGCUGGAGACGUGGGAGAUCCCCCAGAGGCAGAAGAUGAAGAAGAGCCUGGCACUGCAGCUGGAGAUGAAGAAGUAAAUGACCCUGCUGAAGGCCUUGUGGGGCGAACAACUGUGGAGGCUGCUGGGCAGGAGGAAGAAGUGGAAGGAAGCUCCUGUGGGUGCCUUGGUUCCUCUAGUGAUGCCAAUAAAAUGCCUUCAGACACUGCACAAGGCCUUACAAACCGACCAACAUCGGAGGCUGCCAGGCAGGAAGUAGAUGAGAGGGAGGAAGUGGAAGAAUCUACUCGUAGCAUGAAAAUCUUCCAUUAUGAGAGGGCAUUGAGAGCCGUGCGCCAGAGGAGGGGCAGAAAACAGCUGGGGGGCAGCACAUUGGGGGGGCUGCACGUUACAGUGAGACGCAUGCAGCGGCAGCUGACACAAGUACAGAGAACUGUGAACAGUAUCUACUCCAUACUGCACAAAUAUUUCCUUAAAUGCCAGAAGGAAUCUGAACCCUAAAUCCUGCAGGAGACCUUGGCUAAGACACAAAAGUCUGAUGGUCCCAGACACCCCUGCUGAUAGGCCGGUUGCAGUGGAGCUGUUACAGGAAGCUUCUCUAUUGGUUGAGUCUACACAAUUACACCAAACAGUUUUCCCAGCGUCACUUAUUGGAAUCUUAGGAAUAAUUCACACUACGGGUCCUAUAGUAAAUCAACAGGUACGGGAAGGCAUUAUAGAUUUAACUAUUUCAUGUUUCCAUUCAAAAUGCCGGUUCCAGCUCACCCUUAAGGAUCGUUGGUCCGGGUGCACCGUGCCCUGGACCCCUCGCUAGUUCACUGGAUACAAUUUCCCAAAAGGAUAAAAAAUGUGAGAUCUUACCCGGACUCCGUUGUGACCCAGGUGCAGCCGCCCUGAGUCCGUCG